AUGCGCCGACCGCAACCGCUAGUGGCGGGGCCUCCGCAGCUAAACGGGCAAGCAAAUCAUCAAGAGCAAGAACGACAAGGUCGUCGAGCCGCCGAACAAGAGCCGACGCCCAGAACUCUUCGUCGAAUAAUGAUGCGAGUAGACAGCGCGGUUCGCUUCCGAGAAGCAACAAACGAAGAGUUCAACAGGCUAAGAACGGAAAUAGCGGCGAUCAAGCAAUGUCUGAUCUUGCAAAAUCAGGCUAUGAGCUUUCCUCCGCAAAACAAUCUACAACAAGAACAACAAGUCGAGCAGCCGAUGCGCUGGAUAACGAAACAAUGGCAAAAUGCGAAGUUAUUAGCUCGCGCAGUUCUUCAAUAUGCGGACGAAUUAGCCGGAACAGUCUUUCUAGCGCUUCUUAUAACCGUUGCGCCAGCGUUGGCGAUUCGAUUGCUAAUGCAGAAUUAA